UCUGAAACUGAUGUCAUCCGAAAAUUGAAAGUUAGCCGAAUGUUACAUUUUACACAAAAUAUAUUGGAAAAUCUCGAUUAGUUUAAUUAGCAAAAAGUAUUAAUUAAAAUGGAGCUGAACGAUGUUAUUGUGAAUCAACCCGUCGUUAUAGACAAUGGCUCUGGAGUCAUCAAGGCUGGUUUCGCCGGCGAUCAGAUACCAAAAUGCAGAUUUCCGAACUACAUCGGCCGUCCGAAGCACGUGCGAGUGAUGGCCGGAGCCCUGGAGGGCGAGCUGUUCGUGGGCCCGCGCGCCGAGGAGCACCGGGGCCUGCUGAGCAUCAAGUACCCCAUGGAGCACGGCAUCGUCACCGAUUGGAACGACAUGGAGCGAGUGUGGAACUAUAUCUACAGCAAGGACCAGCUGUCCACGUUCUCGGAGGAGCACCCCGUGCUGCUGACGGAGGCGCCGCUCAACCCGCGCCGGAACAGGGAGAAGGCGGCCGAGAUCUUCUUCGAGACCAUCAACGUCCCGGCGCUGUUCCUAUCCAUGCAGGCCGUGCUCAGCCUGUACGCGACGGGGCGCACGACGGGGGUCGUGCUGGACGCGGGCGACGGGGUCACGCACUCGGUGCCCAUCUACGAGGGGUUCGCCAUGCCGCACAGCAUCAUGAGGGUCGACGUGGCCGGCCGUGACGUCACUCGGUACCUCAGAUUAUUACUCCGGAAAGAGGGUGUGAACCUCCGGACGUCAGCGGAGCUGGAGAUCGUGAGGUCCAUCAAGGAGAGGGCCUGCUACCUCUCGCCCAACCCGCUCAAAGAGGAGGCCAUGGACUCGGAGAGGGCGCAGUACACCCUGCCUGAUGGCACACAACUUGAGAUCGGCCCAGCGAGGUUCCGGGCCCCAGAAGUGUUGUUCAGGCCUGACCUCAUCGGAGAGGAGUGUGAAGGUCUGCACGAGGUGCUGAUGUUCGCGAUCCAGAAGUCGGACAUGGACCUGCGCAAGGUGCUGUACCAGAACAUCGUGCUCAGCGGCGGCUCCACGCUGUUCCGGGGCUUCGGCGACCGCCUGCUGGCCGAGAUACGGCGCCUCGCGCCCAAGGACAUGAAGAUACGGAUCUCAGCGCCCCAGGAGCGGCUGUACUCCACGUGGAUAGGGGGUUCGAUUCUCGCGUCGCUCGACACGUUCCGCAAGAUGUGGGUCUCCAAGCGGGAGUACGAUGAGGAGGGACACCGCGCCGUGCAUCGCAAGACGUUCUAAUGUAGACUCUAACCACUAAUGAAUAGAGUUCACUAUACAAUACUGUGAAUUUUCCAAGUGAAAAAAAAACUUUUCUUACACUUUU